CUAAAAUCAUCUCUGCAGAUUUCAACGUAGGCAGGCAUGAUUUGAUGCAUUAGGCAGAGAGCAGCUGUGCACAUGCAGUGUUUUUUAUAUUUCUUUCCAUAGUUUAAUUAGCCUAUGUAACUUUCGACUAAGGAUUCUGCACAACACUUCCACCUACAGCCCAAAAACAUGCAUGUUAGGCCGAUUGGUGACAGAAUUUCCCCUAGGUGAGAGUGUGAAUUAUUGCCUGUCCCAUUUGUCUAAUGUGGCCAUGUGAUGUACAGGCCACCUGCGAGGUGUCUUCUUCCUCUCUCUUGAUGUUUUCCUGGAAAUGAGCUCCAACUCCACACAACCCCACUGAGGAUUAAGCAGUAUUGACAAUGAGAGAAUGAGAGAAUCCUAACAUUUAAAAGGGGGAGGUACUCAACCCAGUGGAGACACACCUAGCCUCAGACACAGACAGUUGAGGAAUGGAGAACGGAUCAGUCCUCAUUGGUCUGAGAUUAGUUGUUAAUUUGUUGCUGAUGAUGUUAGUUGGUGUUUUUGGGGGUGCUCCUGAUGUGAGACAAAUGGUUAAGACAACAGAUGGGCUAACCCAUGCUGAGGCUUCACUGAUGAAAUGUGAUCUGCAGGGUUCCCCUCGUUUAUCUGCAUUUUCAAAGGAUGGCGACUUUGCUAUAGGAGGUGUUUUUUCCAUUCAUUACAAACUGAUCACAGUGAUUAACAACUACACCACAAAGCCCGAGCCUCCAAGGUGCACAGAAAGCCUCAUUGCCAGAGAAUUGCGUUUUUCUCGCACCAUGAUUUAUGCAAUUGAGGAGAUAAACAACAGCACAGAGCUGCUCCCGGGGAUAAACCUCGGGUAUCAGAUCUAUGACUCAUGCGCCUCUGUGCCUGUGGCUGCACACUUGGCCUUUCAAUUAUCGAAUGGUCAGGACUUUGUGUUUUACAAAGGCAGAAAUUGUUCCCAAAGUAAUAUAGUGAUGGCUGCUGUUGGAGACUCUGCAUCUACACCAUCCAUAACAAUUGCCCGCAUUUUUGGGCCCUUCAACAUUCCUUUGGUCAGCCACUUUGCCACAUGUGCCUGUCUGUCAGACAAGCAGCAGUACCCAACAUUUUUUAGAACAAUUCCCAGUGACCAGUUCCAGGCCGAUGCACUGGCCAAGCUGGUGAAACAUUUUGGCUGGACUUGGAUAGGAGCUGUCCACUCAAAUUCAGAUUAUGGAAAUUAUGGCAUGGCGUCUUUUCUUGCUGCAGCUCAGAGAGAGGGAAUCUGUGUGGAAUAUUCUGUAUCUUUCUUUCGGACCGACCCACGCAAUAAAAUCCAGAGAGUAGCUGACGUCAUCCGCAGGUCAACAGCGAUGGCUGUUGUGGCCUUUACGGCAUCAGGUGAUAUGAGGAUCCUGUUAGAAGAGCUGGCUCUGGACCCUCCACCACCUCGUCAGUGGAUAGGAAGUGAGGGCUGGAUCACUGACCCAAACUUUUUAAGCUUUAGAUAUUGUGCAGGAGCCAUUGGUGUUGCCAUUCAAAAGUCUGUCAUUCCAGGUCUGAGAGACUUCCUGGUGGAUAUUUCUCUCACUGAAGUAGUUGCCUCCUCUGUGCUCACUGAGUUCUGGGAGGAUGCUUUCAACUGCAGCCUGGGCAAAAGCAACAAUUCAUACAGAAACAAGUGCAAGGGAACUGAAGACAUGAAGACACUCAAAAACCCGUACACUGAUACAUCUCAGCUCAGAAUCACUAACAUGGUGUACAAGGCUGUUUAUGCUAUAGCUCAUGCUAUUCACAAUGCAGUGUGUCAGGAAACUAAUUUCUCCAUUAAGUGUGACAAAAAUAUCAAAUUGGAGUCCAAACAGGUGCAAUCUAGACUGAAAAAAGUUAACUUUACCCACAACGGUUAUCCUGUGUCCUUUGAUGCUAACGGGGAUCCUGUAGCUUUUUAUGAGCUGGUCAACUGGCAGAAGAGUGAGAGUGGAGCUAUUGAGCUGGUAACAGUAGGGUACUAUGAUGCAUCACUGCCUAAAGGACAGGAGUUUCAUAUCAACAGAAACAUCUCAUGGGUGGAUGGCGGCACACAUGUCCCAGUAUCAGUGUGUUCUGAGAGUUGUCCUCCAGGAACUCAUAAAGUCCUGCAGAAAGGAAAACCCAUCUGCUGCUAUGAUUGUAUACCAUGUCCUGAAGGAGAGAUUAGUAACACGACAGAUUCUCCAGACUGUUCCCCGUGUCCCAGUGAAUUGUGGCCUAAUGCACAAAGAGACGCUUGUUUCCCCAAACCUGUGGAGUUUCUUUCCUAUGAUGAAGUCCUGGCAAUCAUCCUGGCUGCAUUCUCUGUUAGUGGGGCCUGUCUGGCCAUCAUAACAGCAGCUAUUUUCUUUCAUCACAGAACAACUCCAAUUGUCAGAGCCAACAACUCUGAGCUGAGCUUCCUGCUGCUCUUCUCUCUGACUCUGUGUUUCUUAUGUUCAUUAACUUUCAUCGGAGCUCCCUCUGAUUGGUCCUGCAUGCUGCGACACACAGCGUUUGGUAUCACCUUUGUUCUCUGUAUCUCCUGUGUUCUUGGGAAAACUGUAGUGGUUUUAAUGGCCUUUAAAGCUACACUUCCAGGUAGUAAUGUCAUGAAAUGGUUUGGGCCUCCACAGCAAAGAAUGACUGUUGUAUUUUUUACAUUUGUUCAAGUAUUAAUCUGUACUGUGUGGUUGUUACUCAGCCCUCCAUUCCCAAUGAAGAAUCUGAGCACAUACAAGGAGAAGAUCAUCCUGGAAUGUGCAUUAGGUUCUGCUGUUGGGUUCUGGGCUGUGCUCGGGUACAUUGGCCUGCUGGCUGUUUUCUGCUUUGUGUUAGCUGUUCUAGCUCGGAAACUACCUGAUAAUUUUAAUGAAGCCAAGCUGAUAACCUUCAGCAUGCUGAUAUUCUGUGCAGUGUGGCUCACCUUCAUCCCAGCAUAUGUCAGCUCUCCUGGAAAAUUUACUGUAGCUGUGGAGAUAUUUGCUAUUCUGGCCUCCAGUUUUGGACUGAUUCUGUGUAUAUUUGCUCCAAAGUGUUUCAUCAUCUUAUUUCAGCCACAGAGAAACUCAAAGAAAUAUGUCAUGAACAAAAUGUAACAGUUACCUGUCAACCAACUUAAAACAUAGUGCCUAGAUUACCAGGAUACAGCUGUAUCCGUAUAGAUGAUACAUCACAAAACAUCUUAAAUAAUUAUUUGGCACAUAAAAGCUUUGUUUUGGACGUAUAAUUAAAAAAUGUAUUUCAAUCAGGUUUUUAAAAAUUUUUUUAUCUAUGCUUUAAAGUGACAAUGUGUAGUUUGAUAUUUACAGAGAUUACCAGUACAAUCAAAAUGUUGUUGAAAAUGUAUGAAAUGAUGCCCAUUUGUUGAAAAAUAUUGGUGGUUUUCUAACAUACAACCAUAAAAAAUCAUGUCUAAAAUACAUGGGAGCAGGUCUAAGUCUCUGGGCGACUCCAUUUUAGACUCCAUAGUCCCUCCUACGGAAGCCCUUGAGGACAAAAUGCAUUUACUGAUAUGUAAUAAAUGGUUACAAAAUGUCACUGUUCAUAGAUGUUGUUGUUUUACACAUUUACCUCUUCACUCGUUGCCAGCGAUGAAAGAGUCUGAUGUGAUAGUAAGUUUGCACUCCCCAGAGCUUUUUAACCCUAGUGGACAUAUGUUGGUAAGGUCU